AUGGCUGCUACAAGACUCAUUGCAACUCUUGUGCUUUCUUUCCUCCUCCUCUCUAGCUCCGAUGCCACUCAUAGGAAGAAAAUCCGAUCGCGUCGGCCUUGUAAACAGAUGGUGUUUUACUUCCAUGACAUUCUUUACAAUGGCAAGAAUGGCAAGAAUGCAACUUCAGCCAUAGUGGGUGCACCUGCUGGGGCCAACAGAACAACCUUGGCAGGACAAAACCAUUUUGGUAACUUGGUUGUGUUUGAUGACCCCAUUACAUUAGAUAACAAUCUACAUUCAAUCCCAGUUGGACGUGCUCAAGGCUUUUAUCUCUAUGACAGGAAAGAUUUUUUCACAGCUUGGCUAGGAUUUUCCUUUGUAUUCAAUUCUACUCGGCACAAAGGAAGUAUAACCUUUGCGGGGCCUGAUCCUCUGAACAAAACUAGGGAUAUCUCGGUGAUUGGUGGAACCGGAGAUUUCUUUAUGGCUCGAGGGAUAGCCACUUUGAUGACUAAUGCAGUUGAAGGGGAGGCUUAUUUCAGGCUCCAAGUUGAUAUUAAGUUACUUGAAUGUUGGUAACCACUAACGAGUGUUCUUGUCACUUGUGGUCGGUUUCUAUAUGUUGUUUGUUUGCUGCAAUUUUUUUUUUUUUCAUUUGGUGUUUCAAUUUUCAUCUUAUCCAUUUUAUUCAAGUUUAACAAUUUGGUUUGUUUGUAACUUGUAAUUUUCUGUAUGUUUGG